UUUCAUUUCAACCAGAACCAAAAAGACCGACAACCCCACCAUCACCAUUUCUCCAUCUCUACAGAAAGUAAAUCUUGAUUUCCUUAAUUUCCGAUCGAGCCCUUUGAUUUUUCUUCAAUUUCCAUCUACAUCCGGCAACAAUCAGGGAAUUGGGAUCGGAGUCGGCGGCGGAAGCUGCAAGUCCGGAGCAGUGAAUAGUGGGGAAGGAUUGGAAACGAAGAGAGGUUUCGUAUGAGCUGGUUGAGGAAGCUGGGUUCCUAUAAUUAUUUUUCCUUAAAUUCGAAUUCAAACCAUUUCAUAACGUGUUUGUUGAUUUUUACCCUCCAUUACUCUCCGCAAGUAACUCCUUCCCUCUUUAAUUUUGAGAAGAAGCCCCUUGAUCCCUUAUUAAUAUCAACAAUUCCCAACUUCAAUUUUAAUUUUAGUUAUCGACUGUUGAAUCGUCAAUCACUGUUAAAUGGAUUCUCGGGACGGGAGUAAUCGCCACCAAUUACGUCGUGCUAUUUGCUAUUCAAAUGCGGAGAGAAAGCCAUCUGUAAUAGUAAUAGGUGGUGGCAUGGCCGGGAUUGCAGCGGCUCAUGCCCUUCAUGAGGCCUCAUUUCAGGUUAUGCUGUUGGAAUCAAGGAAUAGAAUUGGAGGUCGAGUUCACACUGACUACUCGUUUGGGUUUCCCGUGGACCUGGGUGCAUCAUGGUUGCAUGGUGUCUGCAAAGAGAAUCCCUUGGCACCGUUGAUUGGUAGACUAGGGCUACCCCUUUACCGAACCAGUGGUGAUAACUCUGUUCUGUAUGACCAUGAUCUGGAAAGCUAUGCACUUUUCGAUAUGGAUGGGAAUCAAGUUCCUCAGGAAUUAGUUACAAAAAUUGGGGAAGUCUUUGAGAGCAUUUUGAAAGAGACAGACAAUGUAAGACUGGAACACAGUGAAGACUUGUCUAUACAUCGUGCUUUCUCAAUUGUUUUUGAAAGGAGACCAGAACUAAGGUUGGAUGGGCUUGCCCAUAAUGUGCUUCAAUGGUACUUGUGCAGAAUGGAAGGCUGGUUUGCUGCAGAUGCUGAUACUAUCUCAGUAAAAUCCUGGGAUCAGGAGGAACUGCUUCCUGGUGGGCAUGGGCUGAUGGUCAGGGGCUACCUUCCUGUUAUAAACACGCUUGCUAAAGGUCUCGACAUCCGAUUGGGGCACAGGGUUACGAAAAUUAUAAGGCGGUAUAAUGGAGUGAAGGUAAUAGUAGAGGAUGGGCAGGCAUUUAUGGCUGAUGCUGCUAUUAUUGCUCUUCCUCUGGGUGUGCUUAAAUCCAAGAUAAUAAAAUUUGAGCCUAAACUCCCAGAAUGGAAGGAAGAAGCCAUUGAUGAACUUGGUGUUGGAAUUGAGAAUAAGAUCAUUUUGCAUUUUGAAAAGGUGUUUUGGCCCAAUGUGGAGUUCUUGGGAGUGGUUGCAGAGACUUCUUAUGGCUGUAGCUACUUCUUAAAUCUUCACAAGGCUACAGGUCAUUCUGUCCUUGUUUAUAUGCCUGCAGGGCAGCUAGCCAAAGACAUUGAGAAAAUGUCCGAUGAAGCGGCUGCCAAUUUUGCUGUUAUGCAACUCAAAAAGAUCCUUCCUGAUGCCACUGACCCGAUUCAGUUUCUUGUUUCUCGGUGGGGUUCAGACAUCAAUACGCUUGGUUCCUAUAGCUAUGACAAAGUAGGCAAACCCCAUGAACACUAUGAGAGGCUAAGGAUCCCAAUAGACAACCUAUUUUUCGCGGGGGAGGCAACCAGCUCAAACUACCCAGGGUCAGUGCAUGGUGCAUUCGCAACUGGCCUGAUGGCUGCAGAAGACUGCAGGAUGCGCGUCCUGGAACGCUAUGGAGAGUUGGAUCUGUUUCAGCCGGUCAUGGGUGAGGAGGCAUCGUUGUCAGUCCCACUCUUGAUCUCUCGCAUUUAGCUCUGGGUCUGCCCUCUUUUAGAUACAGAUAACAUAUGCUUGUAGAUAUGUUAACAUAGGAUCUGGCUAACACAUUAUUGCCAUUUGAUUGGCCUGUGGGUUUUCCCAUAGAUAAAUCAGUCAAAGCAAUGGUUAAAUGUGUAGUUAUUUCUGUGUGGCAUACCAUAUGGAACUGUUAAUUGGCUGUGGAGCAUGAAUAAUGCGAUGCAAGUCUAGUUAUUCAAUGAACAGUUGAAAGAAUGUAAUUCUGGCCAAGAACUUUUUAGUGCAUCUACUUUCAUUGUGUGGGAAGGACACUGGAUGCCCGUUGUUUGCUAUUUUGUCUAUCCAA